GCACAUGCGCGGAGAGAACCCGUACACUGAGCAUGCGCCGCCCGGUACGUUUCCGUCAUCUGAGUCACGUGACAGCAUGGCGACGGGAUCUAUACUGGACAGUAUAAAGGCGGAGCCUCUGGACAUCUCACAACCAUUGUAUGAGGAUGAAGAAUCACAGAAGGACGAUCCCUCAGAAGAUGGAACUUCCCGCGUCCCCGAAACACUUCCUGAGGGCUGGAGAAAGAUCGUUACACAGAGAAAAACGGGGAAAACGGCGGGGAGGCACGACGUGUAUUUUAUAAGCCCUGCAGGAACCAAGCUGCGAUCAAAAACUGCUCUAGAAAAAUAUCUGAACACCAACCACCCUGAGAUAAAACUGGAAGAUUUUGACUUCUCGGUUCCUUCUCAACAACAAAGGCACAGGAAAAGGAUUGUCACAAAAUUCAUUAAUACGGAUAAUGGAAACAGAUCAGCCACCCUGAGCGGUGCGCAGGAAGAACAUAAAGAUUGUGCUGAAGACCGUGCGGUUGGCCGUCCCGAAGACCGUGCGGUUGGCCUUCCCGAAGACCGUGCGGUUGGCCUUCUUGAAGACCGUGCAGUUGGCCUUCUUGAAGACCGUGCGGUUGGCCUUCUUGAAGACCGUGCGGUUGGCCUUCUUGAAGACCGUGCGGUUGGCCUUCUUGAAGAUCGUGCGGUUGGCCUUCCCGAAGAUCGUGCGGUUGGCCUUCCCGAAGACCGUGCGGUUGGCCUUCUUGAAGACCGUGCGGUUGGCCUUCUUGAAGACCGUGCGGUUGGCCUUCUUGAAGACCGUGCGGUUGGCCUUCUUGAAGAUCGUGCGGUUGGCCUUCUUGAAGAUCGUGCGGUUGGCCUUCCCGAAGACCGUGCGGUUGGCCUUCUUGAAGACCGUGCGGUUGGCCUUCUUGAAGACCGUGCGGUUGGCCGCCCUGAAGAUACACAAAACACAGAAGAAGAUCCAUUUAUUGAGGAUGAGAAUGACAGAACGCCGACAAUGAAAUGUGUUGGCCGUAAGAGAGUCAGGAGCCACAGAAAAGGAUCAGAAAAAGCCUUGAGGACUGUCGCCAGAAUAAAACGUCCAAGAAAAUAUUCUUCCACUAAACCAGAGAUGGCAAUAAAAACGAGGAAACACAAGAGAAAGAACACGGUUUUGAAAAAGCCCAAGAAAGAAGAAUCGAGUGAAACGGACACAUUUAGUGAAUGUAAAUUACAGAACUCACACCGGCAGAUUGACUGUAUUAAGGUCGAAGAUCCCACAGACCUCUGUGACCCAAUGCCAGUCACAGAAGACGCAGAAGAUCGGACAUCCACACUGCCACCGGAGCAGCAGACUGAAGCCGAGAUUAAUCAGAUGGCCAGCAAUACAAGCAAUGACAACUUACUAACGUCUUCUGGGAAGUCGAAGGAUUCUAUCACAAGAUCGCAGGUGGAAAAAAGAAAGACCAGCCACUACUUCUCCAAGAAAGCCACGAGAGAUGCGCCGGAACCCCCAAGGCGAAAAGCUUUCUCAAAAUGGACCCCUCCUCGCUCGCCCUUUAAUUUAGUUCAAGAGACUCUUUUCCACGACCCAUGGAAGCUUCUCAUUGCCACUAUCUUCCUGAAUAAGACCUCCGGGAAGAUGGCGAUCCCGGUCCUGUGGAGCUUCCUGGAGAAGUACCCCGGUGCGGAGGUCGCCCGGGCGGCGGACUGGAAGGACAUGGCGGACAUGCUGCAGCCCCUCGGACUCUAUGAACUACGAGCAAAAACCAUUGUGAGGUUCUCGGAAGAGUAUCUCGCAAAAAAGUGGCGUUAUCCGAUUGAACUCCACGGAAUUGGAAAAUAUGGAAAUGAUUCGUAUCGGAUCUUCUGUGUCAAUGAGUGGAAAGAGGUUCAGCCGGAGGACCACAAGCUGAAUAAUUACCACGACUGGCUCUGGGAGAACAAGGACAGACUUGGAUUGGAAUAAAGGAACGGUCGCUGUGCGUCUCGAGGGCAAUUGUCUCGUCUUUGUAACUUUUUUGUAUUUGACCUUUUUAUAUUUUGUACAUAAAUUAUUUUGUUACGCGGAAUUUCUUUAUCUAUUUUAAUAUUCAAUUUUUUUAAAAUUAAAUCUGAGUAAUAAAACGUCUUUUGUAUAAUA